ACAACAUUCUAAGUGACGAAGCGUCGAGAUACAACAUUAUAAGUGACGCAGCGUCGAUAUACAACAUUCUAAGUGACGCAGCGUCGAGAUACAACAUUAUAAGUGACGAAGCGUCGAUAUACAACAUUAUAAGUGACGCAGCGUCGAGAUACAACAUUCUAAGGGACGCAGCGUCGAGAUACAACAUUCAAAGUGGUCGAGAUACAACAUUCUAAGUGACGAAGCGUCGAUAUACAACAUUCUAAGUGCGUCGAGAUACAACAUUCUAAGUGACGAAGCGUGGAGAUACAACAUUCUAAGUGGCAAAGCGUCCAAUAAUAGUCUAAACACCGUCAAAUUGAGACACGUAUUUAAAUACAGAUCUAUAUGCAUGUCUUCAAGGAAUUUCUGAUUCCAGCGAAUAACGUUUUACUGUAGAAUAUAGAUACAUAAGGGAUACAUAUAAAUACAUAACAGAAGCGGGUAUUUUCUAUAGAUAUUCAGGACAGCACUAAACGACACGAAAUAUGAAUAAUCGCACCACAACUCCUCGAAUCGACGAUAAGUUAAGUCCAGAACAUAAGAAAAAAACAAAAGGUCCUCUCAUUACUCCAGCCAUUAAACCGUGUACUUAUCAGGGGUCAAAGGGCAGUGUCGAGGUACUGGAUAUUAAAGUUCCAAUCAAACAAACAUCUAUACAGGUGGGGCUCGGCCCCUCAUCACUAGGAGCUAUCCCCAAACAGCGAAGCGUGUCUAUCUCUCUAGCCCGGGACGAUGAAUUCGCUCGAAGCCCUGUGGGGGCAGACAAUGACAAUCGUAGAGAGAUCACUUACAUCGGACAAGGCUCAUUGGACACGUCAGCUAAGGGUAAAGGUCAGCAUGGCGGGUUCAUCGGCCGUAUGAGACAUGAUUUAACAUACAGAAACAAGUUUUUUCAAACUUUGUCUAUAUUCUGGGCAUUCUCUGUUCUGGGAUGGACAAUUGGUCAGUUUGGUCCUUCGUUCCUAGACCUGCAAGUCAUCACGGGGUCCAGUCUGAGAGAGGGUUCGGCCUUUAUGACUGCCCACUCCGUAGGGUACCUACUCGGCUCCUUGACCAGUGGCCUUGUGUUUGACAGUCUGGACAAGGUCCUUCUGGUGUUCUAUCCUGUCCUAGGGAACGCUGUCACGAUCGCCAUCAUUCCGUGGUGUUCUCCGUACGGUCUGAUGGUGUUCUCUCACUGGGUCAAAGGUCUUUUCAGCGGUGGACUGGAUGCAGUGUGUAAUGCCGAGACUGUGUAUAUAUGGGGAGACGAAGGGAGAUCGUUCAUGCAAGCUCUUCAUUUCUCAUUCGCGAUGGGAGGAAUUCUAGCACCAAUGGCAACGGCGCCAUUUUUGGUCGACGAUCCUGAUAUACGAAAUCUAACGAUGAUGAAACAGUUGUCAAGGAAACAGCGCAGUUUACUUGGUAAUGAUACGUUUUCCUACGAUACCAUGAGUUCAGCUUUAGAAUUUACGACAAAACGUUUAAACACAACCAUAGAAACCAUGACGUAUAACAUUACGUCAUUUCUAAAUUUGUCUUCAUCUACUUCCGGUCUCACAUUUCUGGCAAAGAAAGAACAGUUUAAUGUGACAAUGUCUUCACUCAUCCAUAACACGGCAACGCCUGUAUGGCAAAACUCCACGGUCACAGCGCCGUCUGUAUUAAACUCUGCAAUGACGACCAUAGCGAAUGCACUUCCGUUAGAGCUGCCGGAUGAACCAUCUCAGCUAUGGAAAGCCUGCACGAUCACAUCUAUUAUGGGUCUCACAGCUUCCAUACCAUUCAUCGUUAUGCGUCUGAAGAGAACAAAACUAGAAAUGGCGAGUGGUCGAACAGACGAGGACAAGUUACUUCGCAUCCUCCCUCUGGCGACAAAGGCCUUAAUUUUGUUCAACAUGAGCUUAUUGCUUGGUACAUACAGUGCUAUCGAGGACACAUUUGCAGGUUUUUUGACGACGUUUUGUGUAAAACAAAUGAAGUGGACGAAAGCCAAGGGAUCAUUCGCUACAUCGGUGUACUGGGCAGCAUUUGGUGGUGGUCGAUUUGUUGGAAUCUUCCUCGUGAAAAUGUGCGACCCUGUACGAAUCAUAACUGUAUAUUCCACUCUGUUGGUUUUGUCUUUCGUAGGACUCUACUGUACUUCAACGGGUCAGUUUGAUGGCGGAGUGUGGGUUUGUGCAUUCUUAGGUGGAUUCGCCCUGUCUGUUAUAUUCCCAACUAUUUUCACAUGGACAGAGGCGGAACUUCUUCCCGUGACGGGGAAAAUCGCCUCGAUUUUCUUGAUUGCAUCAUCUAGCGGUACAAUGGUGAAUCCUAUUGUUCUAGGAUACCUCAUGGACUCAUUAACCCCUAUGUGGUUCUGCUACUUACUUCUAGGGGAGAGCAUCGCUAUGUAUAUAUUGUUUCUGUCCGCCUUAAACAUAUCGAGAAUCGUGAAAAACAGACAGCGUCAGAGCAGUCUGGAACUGGAAACAGACAAUUAUCUACCAGAGGAAGAGGAAGAGGAAGAGGAAGAUUACUUCGACGACGAUGACAAAAUUGAUGUCGCAACAGAAGAGGAGAAAGAAAAGCUACUGGCAGAACAAAGACGUCAAGAGUUCGAGGAAAUGAUGAGCGCGAGAUCCAUGUGCAUUGAUAUGAAGGACAUCGAUUAUGAUAACAAGCUGAUUUUUAUUGACACUUUGAAGAAAUGAUGCUAUUAACUUGAUCAAAUAACAACAACACUUGGUUUCAUACGACCUAUCAAAACACAGAGUCAAGUCCUAAUGCGUAUCAAAGCAACGAGGGAGAUUCGUUUUCCUGUUUCAGCUCCAUGGUAUAUACGUAACAAAUGCGCGUUAGCUUUCGUGCUUUUUGCAACAAAAAACCCCACGAACAAACAAACACGACCUUCAUCGGUCUUUAUAAUUUCACUUAAAAGGGGUUUAAUAUGCAAAGUCGCUUGUAAUAUAUUCAAUUUUUGACAAGAUAUGGAUUUUACGCACUGCCAUAUCUAAUUGUUAUUAAAUUCGACCAAUAAAAAACGAUGAUCUAACAAAUGAAUAAGUCAUUUGUUUUAUGGUUUUUAAAUGUGACCAAUCAGAAACGAUGAUUUAACAAAUAUAUGUGUCCGUUGCUUUGGGCCUAAAUAUAUGUUAUUUCAUUAUUGAACCAUGCUUGCAUAUAUGUACAUUUAUGUAAUAAUUGUUAUGUAUUGUUCAGCGACGUAUUUUAUAUUCCGUCUUUUCGUAUUACAGAGUUAUCUGCUCUUUUGCGCAGGUAUUGCUUGUUACGUCAUUUGCU